AUGGAGCUCCGCAAUCUCGUCUGGCAAGCGAGCAAGCCCACAACAGCAACCGUCGAAUUCGACGAAGAUGAAUACCAGGUCACAAGCAUUUCACCACCAUCCGCCCUUCUCACCACCUCAAAAGAAGCGCGGGCCACAGCGCUAUCCUUUUCUCUCCAAAAAUUCCCCAUCUGGGGCCUAGAAGACUGGGAGGAUCUGGCCGUAGAUCCCGAGAACACGAUCCUAGAGAUCGUCAUCAGACCGUCAAAGUCCGCCUCCCUAAACAUCACAUGGACCGACAUCUGGGGUGUACUGGGCGACGCACUACCAGCCACAAGCCGCCUCCACAUCGUAUGCAGUAAGCCUGAGCGACUAGCCAGGCUGUAUAUGGCAGAAGAAGCAGAGUACCUUGGUGUGGGCCAAUCCUGCGUCGAAGGCGGUUUGUUCAACAACGCCGAAACCGUUUCGGGUGAGCAAAAAAACCCCAAGCACACCGUUGAAGAAAUCGACCAGAACGCCUCUGAAAAAGAGGUUACUGUUUGGAAGAUCACCGACCAAGACACUUCGGACGACUUUGGGCCUGAGGCCAAGAUUUUCACCACCAGGGGCUUAGCGCGCGUUGAGGUCGACAAAACCUCAUACCUGUCUGUAGAGCAGCUCCACAAUGCUGCGAGGACCUUCGCUCUGCCUGCUCGAGAGGGGAUGGAAGGGGAGGUGUCAGAGGAGGUAUCAGGGGGCGAGGAGGGACAGGUGGUAAAGUCAGGGGUGGAGCUGACUGAAGAUGCUGUUGCGAAGCAUCUGGAGGAGUGUGCAAGACUGUGGGCGCCUAAGCCAAAGGACGUCAACUGGGACCCGGAGGGCAGCGUUGCAGCCGAGGAGAACGACACCGUCUGGAAGUGGCUUAUGUAG